AAUUCGCUACAACCUCGGAAGAUAAAGUAUUUGGACGAGAGUAUUUUUACACUUUUGAACAGGCGCACUAAAAUGUUGACCGAGAGCCGCCCCGUCGCUAGGUAGGAAAAAGCUUGAGACUUUGCGUCUUGAUCGGUUUCAGAAAUAACUCGCAGUCAGAAAAAAAAAUACGACCGAGAAAUUUCUACACAGGGAGUAGCCCAAAAAAAUGAAGGGCCUCUUUGUUCAUGUCCUCGCCGCGGCAGAACUUGCCAGCUGGAGCGUAGUUUUUCGGGUCGCGGCCGUAAAGAAGCCAGAAGACCCAAAGAAGCGAAGUGGACGUGGAACUGUUCCUGCAGCAAGUAAAAAAAAGGGGAUGAAGAACGACAAUGAGAACGAACCGAACAAGGAGCAGCACAGAAGUAGAGGUAAAAUUGAAAAUUCUAAUUCCGCCGCACCAGCCUUCUCGUCGACGACACUACGCAGCACGGCCUCUUCUGGAAAAAAAGCGUUGACAACUCCCACCAACCCGUCAAAAAGUAACAAGGGCAGUCGAAAAGCGACGCCAGCCAAGAAAACUCCCGCGAAUGCAAAUGCAAAAGCAAGUGCAAGAACCUCCAUCAAAUCCGAACAGCCUGGUGACUUCCCGACGAAGGAGGGCUCCUCUUCACGGCCGCCUUCUGUUGCAAAGAACAAGAAACAGGACGAGAAUGAUGCCACCUCUGCUUCGAAGGCGAGGAUAAAAACAUCUUCCACACAAAAGGCGACGUACCUAAAAGCAAGGCAAAAAGUAAAAGAAAUCGCCAAGCAGCGGUCCAAAUCAAAACCUACAACGAGCAGUCGGAAAGUAGAUGAUAAUCUUCAACACACCACCAGCGGCAGUACCACCGGUGCGACCAGUAGAACAACAGGCAGUGUUAAAAACACUAAACCUGCUUCGGAGCAGCUUGUUCAACAUCCAGUGCUGGUCGAGGUCAAAAAUGAAGCACGUAAAACAAAGCUGGAAGAUUUUGUCGAGCGCCGAAUGCAAGAUCUGAUGGACGCGCGGCGAGCCUUUGAGAGCAGCACGGCAGUGGUCGACGAGCUGCAGGUAGAAGAUGAUCUUCAAGACGAUGAUGACGAAGAUCCACUACUGGCUGCAACACCAGAUCCUGAAGAUGAGGAGCCGGGGCGGCCUGCUCGUGGUUUAUUUCGUCGUGACCCGGAGGUCGCUGAAGACGAUAAAGCAGAUCAUGAACGGGCACAACUACUUGCAACUCUCAGGACAUCAACUCCUACUAGUACCGCCCGCCACAGUUUGAUGAAGAUGAGCUGGAUGCUGAAUAAGCAGGAGCAGGACUACGAACAAGACCACCACCGUCGAGUAGAUCAUCAUGAUGGAAAGAAUUAUCUUCCCAGCUACUUCUCCUUCAAACCCCCGCCACGCCCCCGUAAAGUAGAUGAACCCUCGGAACAAUACUUCAAUUAUAGCCCCACCGAGUCGUGGGAACAAAAAGCACAAAUCGCGCUGGAAAGAAGAAGAAAGAUGAUGGAGAUUAGCAACCUCUUCAGCAUUCCGCGCACCGACAACAACGACAGCGUCAACAGACCGUUGGUUUUCACGUACGACACCUUCGUGAACCAGGCAAGCAAAAGCAAAAGCUCGUCUCCGGUUACUAAGAACAAGAAAAUGAAAAGAUCUUCGGCCCCCGGUGGCGGGCAUAAAAAACCAACCAAAAGCAUGAAAAAGAAAAGCAAUACCUGGAAGAACAACUGGAAGCUUUACGCGAAAAUGGACCAAAUGGCCGCGCUCCAGGAACGGAGGGACAGACGGGAGCAGGAGAGUCGACGAGAAAAGAAAGGCGAAGAUCGUCGUGCGGGAGGGACAGUAGAUGUUGAACGAGCAGCACUACUACAACAUUACGCUGCAGAUACAGCAGAUACAGCAGCUUCGGCCAAGACGACAAUGAAAAUGAUGAGAAAGAACAACGAGAAAAAACAGUGCAAGUUUUCACUGAUUGCCUGUGCUCCGAGGAGGAAUGAGAAAAUUAGUCGGGCAAGACGUCGGCCCAGCAUCGCCGCGCGUGUCCAAGGGGGAGGCGGUGGAGAAACUUCUUGCGGUAGUGGUCUGUCAACAUCCGCGAGCAAGAACGUCAGCGAGAACCAUCGUAGCAGCGACACAAAAACUCGUCACGAUCAGACACCAUCGGCAUCGUAGCAGCGACACAAAAACUCGUCACGAUCAGCUACAAUGCACUUCCACCUGAGAAGUUGCGCUGGGUGGUUUCUUCUUGUACGACUUUCUUAAUAUCCAUCUGAAUUCUACAGUGAAACAGUGCUAUUCGUUUUCAAACAAAUGCCGCGUUCUUGUACAAGUACACGACUUCUACGUCGUGAUGUAAGCAGAAUAAGACGAAGAAAAAGGGGAAGCGUACUUAUGUCUUUAUCCCUUUGAUAAUGAAAAAUCAAAAGCAAAAAUGGACAAUACGUAACAUAGGAAGUAUGAUGAAUAUGCAAAAAUAAACUGUGUCCAACAUGACGCAAAGUAAGUGUCGCGGCCAUUACAAGAUGAAAAUGAACCUGUAGUUGUAGUCGUAAAUAACCUCCCGUUUGCCCUUACCUGGCUCAGACCUUGAAUCUUAAAUGAACGUCGUCUAAAAUUGCCAAUAGCAUGAAGAAUGUGAUAGUGAUUUGCAUUUGGCUUUCGCUUUUGAAUUGUGUCACCUUCACCUCAUCAGAUGCAGACGUACUUCAAAAAGAUAAGACUCCAAGAUGUCGUGC